AUAUGUUAUUUACAUGUAUUUUAUUAUUUAGGGGAAAGUGUUGUGUGUGUGUGGUCAACGCGUGGCUAUUGUACGCGGAAGCGAGUGCUUAAAUGUGGGAGUGAUUGUAUGCAGCCUUCGUUUACCAUUGGAUGUUGAACAAAGUGGGCUAUAUAGUGUCUACAAAAAUUUUGUUUCCAGUGAAUUUGGCGUCAUGACUUCUACUCUUACUUCACUUCUCACAGAAGCAAACUGAUAAUUCACACGACGAAAAUGUAAGACUCGGGCAAAAAAAGAUAACAUGUCGCCUGGGUUUGUCAAAGAUUAACCCACAGUUCUGAAUUUGUUUGCUACCUUUAACAACUAGCCUCCAGCCUCAUUGCCAUCUGGAUCUGACAUUUUUUUGGUCGUAUCUGAGCGGCACAGAAGUAUAGAAACAAUUGAGUCUACAGUGUGAGGCCCUAACCAAGCAAUGAGGAAUACGUUGUAGUUUCUGUGCUGAGCCUCAAGGGGGCGAUGUCUGACAACAGCAGCAGCACAGGUAGCAGCCGCAGCGGAUCCUUGACCACCAGUUGGACCAUGCUGUCCCCAGAGGAAGCUGCUGAAAUUGUUGAUUCUGUGGAUGGUGGAACUGAGUGUCUUUGUGAUGUCCCUAGUCUGUCAGAGGAAGUCACAGGGGCCACUGAAGAGUCUAAGCCGAGUGACCAGGAGACUCCAAUAGAAACAGUGUUGUCAGAGGAGGGCCAACAGGAAAUGGCUCCUGAUACCUGUGAGGGCCCUAUCCCCUCCAGACCUACCCUGUUAAGCCCAUCCCCGACUAGCGGUGUGCCCCUUGACCAUGACCUGGAGAGUCAACCUGAACCCCCCAUCAUCCAUUCUAUGGUAACCAGCUCCCCCACUGACUAUGAGCAACUUGCUGCCAUGCCCUUUGUCACUCAUGUCGACCUACCAUUGGAUGCAUCCUUCACAGAACCACCCCCCUCAGAGGUUGAGCCUGAGUUGAGCCCUGUCCCUGAGAGCUCUCCUCUUGGUACCCACACUGAUACAGGCCCUGUACCUGAGAGUAUUGCCCUAGAGACUAGUGCCCCUAGUGCCAAACACGACCUAAGCAUUCACACAGAGACUCCCACCCCAACGGGCCCCCCAUCUGUCACUGAUAUUGGCCCUGCCCCAGAAAGCCCAGCCCCUGAUAGUCCUCCUCCAGAUACCAUUGGUUCAGAGGAUGCAGCACAAGAGCCAUCACUGGAAACGGGGGAGACAGAAUUACCUGAAAAAGUGACCGAUAUACCAAAGGAAAAAGAAUCUCCCAGUAGCUUUGACUUUGGAAGAGCUGACACGAGUGCUGAGGAAGGAAAUGGUCUGAGGAGGAGAAAUGUGGCACCAACAAUGACAUCGGAGGAGGAAGAUGAUGAUGAGGAGGUGGAGUUCAAACUGGCAGAGAGGAAAGGGGGGAAGAAGGGCUUCUCUAUGAACACAUGCAUUGUGGCAGCCCUGGUCCUGCUCUGUCUCGGGUCCCUCUUCCUCUCCGAUGACUCGGAUGAGCUGAGUGGGGCAGAACAAAACCAGGACUGGCUAAACGAUCCUCAGAAGAUGAAGGAGCUUUUGGACAAACUGACACAAGAAAAUCAUCAAAUCUCCCAGUUAGAAACACAGCUCCAGGCCCAUAAAGAAGAACUUGACUCAGCACUAAAUGCAGGAUCAGCAAUGGGUAAUGAAAACAUAAAAGGAGAUUUGGAGCAAGAAAAUACUAUGAAAGAAGAGUUGUCAUCCCUGCCUGGCCUGAAGGAGGAGAUGGAGUCGCUGAGGGCCAGAGUGACCAAACUGUCCCAACUCACUGCAGCCAACCAGGAUACAGCCCCACUGCCCUCAAGCCCAACUCCAACACCUACUGGCCAACAUGGAAUUAGCAACCAGAGUAGGACCACAGUAGUGCCCGAAAGGAGGAGUGACCUGAGAGAGGGUGCCAGGGUGAAGGAAGAGCUUCAGAGGCAGAAGGUGCCGUUGGAGGAAAGCAGGAAGAGACUGGAGGGGAGGAAGAAGGAUGAAGGGUACCAGAAGAGGGUAAGGGACAGCCUGGCUGAUAUCCAGAGGAGGCUCAGUGAGCAGGUGGAGAAGAUGGGGAGGAGUGAGGGCAAGAAAAAGCCAUGGGAAAGCAGGAACAAGAAUGGGAAAAAAGGCAAGGACAACAGUGAAGGCCACUGGAAAAAGGAAGAGAAGGAGUGGAAGGGAGAGAAGUACUGGAAACACUGCAUGGAGGGCAGAUGGAAGGAGAAAGAUGAGAGGGACUGGAAGGCUAACGAAGAGAACUCCCAUAAAGAGGCCUGCAAGAAAUCCCAGGAUAAAUGGGAGAGGGAGAAGAAUGAGCGCAGGCUGGACAGGGAUAAAAGAAAGCAGGAGAGGCUCUGGCAGUCCAGGAAAGACUUCAAGAAAGAGUCCAAUCACCAUCAACAAGACUCCAACUAUCAGGAGCAACAUCAGCCCCACCAAUAUGAACACACCAGCUUCUGGAAGCACCAGGAAGAGCAACUUGGACGCAACGUUCGCCCCCUGGCGGGCUGCGGCAGUGUUGAGGACUGCGCUAGCCAGGAAGGGCUCGUUCCCGUGGAACUGUCUGAAUUUGAGGAGUUGUUCGAUGGCUACUUGAGCAAGCUGGAGGGGGCUACGUCGGACAGCAAGGCCGAGAUCCAGAAGCUGGCCGCCAUGUUUUUCCGAGACGGUGUGUUCGUCCAUGACAAAGUUCUCUUCAGUGACUUCGUUGAAGAUGUGGCGGACAUUUUAGAGGACAUGGUGGACAUUUUGGAGGAUGAUGACUCCCUGGAGGAGGCGAUGGAGGAGUUUGAGCGAGAAGCUUUGUGGAAGUUUGCAGCCACUACAUAGAUAGAAAUAAUCCAGAAGAAGAUGCAACAUCAAGAUACAGCACUGGUAUUCCAUGGUGGUAUACAGCAGGUGUUUUAAAGCUUCCGAAACAAGGAGUGAUCUUGCAUUUCGUAAACAUGUCCCUAUCUCUGCAUCUAUAAUUAGCUGAAAUCGUUCUUGUCUUUUGGGACUCAAUCGUUACCUCAUGUCAGUUCAUGUCAUGUUUUCAAUUCCAAUCCCUACAUGUUGACAGUUGUGUGGAGUUGGUUUGCAUAAAGUGUUUGGCACUUGUAAUGUUGCAGUUCAAGAUUAAAACAGGAUAAGAUUCACAGCAAUGUGAACUCUAUGUUCCCACAACAACUGAUUGCCGAUCAGUCUCUCCUCUGUCAUCGUCAGGAUCAGAUCUAGUUGAACCGGUUCUGUAUCAGCUCUGAUAGCUUCUGUUGUAUCGGCUCUAUACAGUGCUGUGUAGGCGCUAGGCCCUUAGUGGUUGGUUUCUGUUUUUUGCUAUUUGUCUUACCAUUUGAGUAUAAUGGUCAGUGAAAGCAGAACAUUCUGGAACAUUUUAAUGAAAGCAGAAGGUGCCAGGACGGGGGCCCAGCUCUGCUGCCUCAAUCGCUUUGGCACAAGCAGGAGUUCUUACUACUUAUUCACACUGAGCUCAUGUGGUGUCCUAACGUGGCAGCAAUCAAUUCUAAUAUAGCACAGUGUACUAUGCUGAGUUAGACAUUGAUAAAGGAGUGCAAAACCAAAUUGGCAAUUUGACACAUCUGAACUAUUGUUUUUGACACAUUUUGAUCAGUCAAUGGUAUUUUCAAUAAGCACUCUUAUUGGUCGCAUUUUCCUUUUUAUAGUUAUUUUGAUUACGGUGAUAUAACCUGGAAAAUAUGUCAAUGAGAUCGGUUUAACUGAUGUUUUGUCACGCAAUGCCAUUUACCUUGAGUUCAUGCCAGAUUUCAAAGUCAAACUAAGUACAAGGUUAUGACAUUAGUACAUAUUAAAGGAAUGGAUGGUACUUUACAAGAGUUGAACCUGUACAUAUUUCUGGAUGACUUUUUAUUUUUCUCUGUCACAAGACUCGUCCCUAACGACUCGUCCCUAAUUUAACUUAGCAUUUUAACAUCAAACCAACACUAGCUGUUCAAAUGUCAUGUCCUUUAAAGUAUAUAACGUGAAAGAAAUUGCUUAAGUUUUAUUUUGAAGAUUUUGUUUCUUCCAGCGACGUGACUUUUUUAAAAUGUAUACGUCAAUUUUCACAUUUGGAUUGACAGUGUUUGACUGACAACUAAAUUGGUUUGCUUCUGUAAAGCUGAAGAAUUCAAACUAUUUGUUGACUUGAUUGGUUAUGGUCUGGUUAUUUUUUGGGGGUCUUUUGUGAAGAGAAAAAAAUGUAGGAGGUUACUCCUUUUGUGAAUUUAAAAGAUAUAAGUAAUAUUUUAAUGUUUUUGGUUGAAUUUAAAUACCUGUAAAUGUAAAUACAUUGUUCAAGCUUUUUGACCAAAGAAGUCUAGCGAUGAUGUGGAUAAAUACUUAAAAUAAUAAGCAACUUGAGCGGUUAUAAACAAACUGCAUAAAAUGAGGAAAUUAAGUUUUUUUUUUUUUUUUUUUUUACUCUCCAAAAUGCACAUGAUUACAUGUGUAACAAAAUGUUAUUUUCCAAUGGACAUAUCCUUUAGAUAACUUAGGAGUCAGGACAGUCCCAGUUUAGCAUUUAAUAAAAUUUAGUUAAGUUGAAUGAGUAGUCUAGUCUCAGCAGCCAUCUCUCUUAGUGGGUUUGUGUUGGACUUUUAAAUUAACAUGACAAUAAAAAUCUUCAUCUUGAAAGAUAA